CGUUUUCAUGCAGUGGGAUCAUUUCAAAAGAUGCAUGGUGAUGAGGCAGCAAUAUCACAGUCAUCAAUGUGUCGAAUCAUCAAAGAUGUGUCAGAAGCUAUAGCAAGAAGGAAAAGGCAAUACAUGAAGUUUCCUUCGACAAGAGAAGAAGUUGAAGCAACUCAGCGACAGUUCUUCCAGUACUGCAGAUUUCCAGGAGUGAUAGGUGCAAUUGAUGGGACACAUGUCUACAUCAGGAGCCCUGGUGGGGAUCAGGCAAUAUACUUCCUCAACAGGAAGAAUAGAUACUCGAUCAAUGUUCAGGUUGUUUGUGAUCAGGCUGGGAAAAUAACAAGCAUCGUUGCCAGAUGGCCUGGCAGCACACCUAACUCCGCAACCGUAAGUCACUUUUCAACCAAACUUGGAUGGUAGAUGUACUUAGGCGACCUGCAUAUUAUGCUGCAGUCGGAGGUCACAUGGUAAGGUCAAAGUGUUCAAAGUUUUUGUAGAAAUGUACCAAACCCGACGGUGCUCUCACUCCAUGAUGUGUCACUGCAUCGUAGCAAUCCAGUCGGAUUUGAAAUGGUCUACACAUGUUGAAUAUAUGGUCAAGCGCGCAAAAAGUCGUUUAUAUGUUCUUCGCACUUUGAAAUAUCAUAGUCUGUAAUUUCAGGACCUUAUAGUUGUAUAUACUAGUUUCGUGAGACCAGUUGUUGAAUAUGCUGUACCUGUAUGGUCAGGAGCACUAACAAAACAACAAGUACAAGUCAUCGAACGUAUUCAGAAACGUGCCCUUAGAAUCAUUUUUGGAGCAGCAUAUUCUUCAUAUGAGCAUGCUUUACUCCAGUCAGAACUGAUGUCUCUUGAAGAUAGAUGGAUCAAACUCUUUGUCUUGCGUUUGCGAAGUCUAUGCAAAUCCCCACGUCUAAACUGUAUCACCUUCUACCUCAAAAUAGGACUUGUCAAUAUCAGACUAGAAGCUUGGCCGGAACAGUAGAGAUGCGAUGUCGAACUUCACGAUAUAGAAAUAGCCCCUUGCCCUCGUUGAUUCGGCACCUUAAAGAGAAAUUCCAGUAGUUGCAGUAAACACUGAUUUCAUGAGAAAGUCUGUAAAACAAGGCUUAAUUGUCAUUAAUCAUCGAGGAUCUAGAUCUGGUACAGUUACAUAAACUGAACUUUGUGAAAUCUUGAAAUCUACGCUGAAAAAUGUUCAGGCUGAAGAUCCCCAACACAGAUAAGCGCACGUGGGACAGUGUAUAAUUAUUGCUUGGAAUGUCGGGCCCGACGCUCUACCCGAAUCCUGUGCUUAUUUGCUGAUUUCUCAGCAAUUACACAAUUUCUUCCAGAAUCCUUUGGCACAUAUGUUUUAUUUAUACAAACAGACACUUUGGUGGUCAUUUCAUUGGAUUCUGUACGAACUCAUAUUGAUAUCGUUACCAA